AUGGUGCUUCGACGCUCGCGGCCGCCAUUUGGAUCUACGAAAGGGCCCGUGGCAUUCCAGGUACUAUCCGACCUUCAUCUGGAAGUCAGUGGGGAAUACGACUCGGUCGAAAUUCCCGUGCGAUCGAAAUAUCUGAUCCUGGCCGGUGACGUUGGACGUUUAGCGGAUUACAAAGAGUAUCUUGAAUUUCUGCAGAAGCAGACACGGAAUUUCCAGACCGUUUUUCUCGUUCUCGGAAACCAUGAAUUUCACGAUUUAUCUUUUGAAUCGACUCUCGAAAAGGCUAGGGAUCUUGAACAAGAACCAUGUCUGAAUGGACGGCUAGUCUUGCUCCACCAGCGUCGCUUCGACGUGCCAGAAAGCAGCAUUACGAUUGUGGGAAGUGCGCUUUGGUCUCAUAUUCCAGAUGAGGCUAAAGAUAACGUCCGAUCCAGAUCCAAAGACUUCAAACGAAUUGAAGAUUGGACAGUAGAGAAGCAUAACGCGGCCCACGAGUCUGACUUGAUCUGGCUGCGUGAAGAAGUUCAUUCCAUCCAUCAAGAAAAUCAAAAUCGACAUUCAGACGAAAGGUCCAUCGUGGUUGUGACACAUCAUGCUCCUUCUCUACAUAAAACCUCGAAACCCGAAUAUGCGAAUAGCCCGUGGAGCUCGAGCUUUGCAACAGAUCUUCUAUCCCAACAAUGGGAUGGUGUCAAGGCUUGGGUUUUCGGACAUACUCACUACUCGACCAGAUUUAAGGACAAUGGGAUUUUGGUUGUGAGUAACCAGCUAGGAUAUAAACCAUUAUCGGAAACCGGGCCAAAUCAGUUUGACCCUGCAAUGGUGAUUUGCAUAUGA